UCCGUGCUUUAGUCUACAAUUGAGUUUUGUAUAGUUAAGUCGUGAUCAUAUACACUUGUUGUUUGUUGUUAUAUUUAAUUAUCUGUCUAUAAGCUGUGUCUGUGUUUUUCGGAAACCGUCACAAGAAGUGGAAGAUUGCGAUUUUUUCGGAGGAAUCUGGGUUGACACCUGAUUCUUCUCGAGGGGGAGUUCAGAGACAGUGGAAAUUGUUUCCAGCCUCCUUCCGGCCAGACAGCGAACUGACGACAGGCAGUCAAUAAAGCGUUUUUGAACUACACAAGUGCAGGAGACUCGUACGCUCGGUUAGAACGUGUGCUUCGAAGCGAGUCGCGCGAUCCAGCGUUCUCUGGCAGAUCAUUUCGAUCUACGCCAAUUUGGUGAUUUUGGAAAAAAUUUAGAAGCAGCAAAAACAUUCCCGAGAAAGCGGUGAUCUAAAAACAAUCAAAUUUGUGCUUUGCUUAAAAAGAAGGUGAAAAAGUAGUGAGUAAUUUGUGUUUGAUGAAAUAUCGCGCAAACGGAAAAUAAAAACUUAAAGAGUGCAUCGCGAGUGAAGUGAGUUUGAGCAGAGGAAAAAAUCUAUAAAUCCUUCUUUGAAAAAUAAAAAAAGAAAUAAAAGUUAGCAGAAAGGAAGUUGAAACUGUUUCUCGUCUUCUUAGUUCGAGCUGAGCAGUAGAGAAAGUAUUCGCGUUGAAAAGCGAGGCAAAAUUUAUCGCUCGUUAAAGUAGUGGGUGUCGAAACGGGCGGAUAUUCCCAGCCAGCAAAAACCGCAUACCGAAAGCAGUACGAAAAGAUUGCACGUGGAAGAAGAAUACGGCAAACAAAAGAAGAAGAACAUUUCGUAUAAAUCAUAAAUACACAUACCGCAAACAGAAAAAAAAGUACCGAACCCCCAAAAACCUAUCGAAAGUGUAGCGGUGACGUUGUAGGCAGUGAGAGAGCAGCACGUGGAGAGCGCAGCACCCCACAGUCCCUCAGAUCACGGUCUCUGCGGGUGGAGAAACGCAUUCUCUUGUGUGAGUUUAAUCAAUUUAAUAACAUUCAGCCGAACCACCCUCUCUGGGAAAAAUAGCAGAAGAAAAACCGCACUCUGAUAGAAAACAGAGAAAACAUACACACAGUUUAAGUGAAUCGCCAAAAGCGGAAAACCUCUAUGUGAAAGCAAAAGAAGAACAAGAAGCAGAAGAAAAUAAAACUCUCGCAGUUCGAUUCGUUUCGGGGCUCUUGACUGAGACGACGAAGACGACGACGACAACGACUAGAAGCAGCCACAAAACUAGUAGCUCCCAUCUUUCCACCAUUAAACCGCAGCAUCCAAGCAGCAGCCAGCAGCAGCGGCAGCAAAAGCAUCCAAAAGAGAAGCCUGAAGUUAUUCCAAUAUUAAUUUCGGUUCCUGCAAGUGAAUUCAAUACAUUCCAUAUGGUUCAUAUGAUAGAAAUCGUUCGUCAAGGGAAAGUUGACUUUCCUCAAGUGAUUAUGAACCGUGCUAUUCAAGUUAAGCCAGCGGAUAGCGAGAACCGCGGUGAUCGAAAGCUUUUCGUUGGCAUGCUUAGCAAGCAGCAAACCGAGGAGGAUGUAAGACAGUUGUUUAACGCAUUCGGAACCAUAGAAGAGUGUACGAUACUGAGAGGACCAGACGGUGCCAGCAAAGGUUGCGCCUUUGUGAAAUUUACCUCGCAUCAAGAAGCUCAAGCUGCUAUAACAACCCUUCACGGUAGUCAAACUAUGCCGGGUGCGUCCUCUAGCUUAGUGGUCAAGUUUGCGGACACCGAGAAAGAGAGGCAACUCCGUCGUAUGCAGCAAAUGGCCGGUCAUAUGAACCUGCUGUCCCCGUUCGUCUUCAACCAGUUCGGACCGUACGGUGCCUACGCACAACAGCAACAAGCAGCACUGAUGGCCGCGGCAACCGCACAAGGAACCUACAUCAACCCGAUGGCCGCGCUGGCAACACAAAUACCUCAUGCGUUGAACGGUUCCGGACAACCCGUGAACGGUACCAUCCCGUCGUUACCCUCGCCAACGAUGCCGACCUUCAACAUGGCAGCACAAACGCCGAACGGGCAACCGGCCGGCUCGGAAGCGGUCUACACGAACGGAAUCCCUCAAACCUACCCGGGGCCCAUUUACGUAGAUGCGCUCCACCUGUCGAUACCGGCCCAAGGACUUCCAAACGGGGACGCUGCCCUACCGCACGCGGCGUAUCCCGGCAUCCAGCCCUACCCUGGUGUCGCCUACCCAGCCGUAUACGGACAAUUUCCGCAAGCCAUACCACAACCGAUUGCCACCAUUGCACCAGCACAACGUGAAGGCUGCUCCAUAUCAGGCCCGGAAGGUUGCAACCUGUUCAUCUACCAUCUGCCGCAGGAAUUCGGUGACGGAGAGCUGAUGCAGAUGUUUAUGCCCUUCGGUACUGUGAUAAGUUCGAAAGUCUUCAUCGAUCGGGCCACGAACCAGAGCAAGUGUUUCGGUUUUGUGUCGUUUGACAAUCCUGCCAGCGCUCAAGCUGCAAUCCAAGCCAUGAAUGGUUUUCAGAUUGGUAUGAAAAGACUGAAAGUUCAGCUGAAGAGACCAAAAGACGCCAACCGACCCUAUUAACAAUCAGAGAUCAAAAGCGCUUUAAAGAGUGCUUCUGCUGAAGCUUUAAAAUACGAAGUUAAUCCUUAGACAAAACAAAACACUAUAUCAUCAAUUAAAGAAAAGGAAAAAUUGCAAAAAAAAAACUAAAUCUUAAACAAAACAAAAUCCAAACAACUGUUCGAGAACUACAGUAAAGUGACCUACUGUGAGCUGCUUCAACACUGACUUGGCGCACUUUUGGACGCUAACAUUGUGCGAGAGGUUUUAAGAUCAACAACUCCCCUCUAAGAGCAACAAAAACAACUACCGUCACCAUCAGCAAAGCUACAAACACAAAACGUGCGGCGUGUGAGAGAGGCGCGCCGAACAAAGUCCAACUCUAGUUAAAAGCCACAAACCACGCAAAAGUCAUUAGAAAAGUUACACCCACCCAGUGCUACCACCCAGUGCUACCACCCCAACCACCCCCACUCAUCGUGCUCUUUCCUGGAGAUUAUCUCCCAUCGCCAUGCCAUCUCCAAUCUAGUCCGUUUUGUUUUUCUUUGCACGAAAUCUUGCGUUAAGGAAGUCCUCCCGAAAACUGACAAAACAGUGUGUGAUUAGAAUCAUUCUGUGAGAGCACGUGAAACGAGCCUAGAACCGAACCCAUUGAAUAACAUUUAAGGAAAAGACGAUAUCUCUCAGUUGGAAUCCAUCAUGCUCUGUAAAUUUAUAGAUAUAUGAUAAAAAAAAACAUAUAUUAUAUAUAUACAAUUCCUAAGAAUAUUUAUACAUUAGAUCGUAACGAUGUGGCGAGAUUUAUGCGAGAGAGGAAGGUGAGAUUUUUCUUGUUUUCAAACCAUUUUUCAUCGUGCCAUUUCGGGGAAAGGACGCAACCAAAAAACAGGAAGUUAAAAAGUAAAGUAAGUUAUUUUUUUCACGUGCCAGACACGGAAGUUCGAAAUUAGACUUAGGAGAGCUGCGCACUUUUUGGCACACCCAGAUCGCGCAUGCCGAGGAGAGGACUUUUACUAUAAUUAACGAGAGAAGCUGUGCGAAUUAAAAUCAUACACAUUAAAAUAACUUUAAUGAAGGGAGGUAAGAGGUAACUCACGCAUUUGAGCAGUAAAAUUUGAACCUAACCACUAGACCACUGAAGUUCUAUAUACAUUACUGAGCGAAAAUACCAUUAUAUAGGAAGUUAGAUAAACAGAACUUAUUAAAAAAAAGGGAGUAUUUAAAUCUAAACCCAAUUAAACACUAGUGACGUAAAAUAGAGCAAAAUGACUGGGGAUGACCUAGGUGGAGUAUUUGAACCCGACAGAAGGACAAAGGAAACGUGCUCUUUUACAGCGCAUGAGGGGGGCACUAGCAAGAACGGCCGUAAGUGUGCGAAAAGCCGGAUUGAGACAAUUGCCCAUCACUUAGUAUACUAGUUAGAAGUAAUUUAUCUAUAUUGAUAAACUGAAAAAAGGAUCGCAUCCACUUACACCUUUACACACAAACACACUGGACACUAAACACACAUAUACCAAAAACACUAAUUUGCAUUGCACGGCAAAACGUAAUUAUUAAAGUAUGAGAUGAUACGAAACUAGUGAUCGAGCGUAUUUAGAGAAAUUAAUUAGAACUUUUUAGGGCUGAUACUCGCAGCUCGGUAUUUAAUCUUAUUAGUCAUACGACUUUCUAAUAUGCUUGGAAGUAGUUUGAUUGUUUUUAGGUUCGCCCCUUAAUUUAUUCGUUGAUUAUUUAUCUUUCAUUGUCAGAGCAUCAGUUUACCUGUUUCAGUAUUAAUUUAUUCAAUUUUAUAGUAUUUAUUCGUAACCAUCGGCGUCUAAUUUUAAGUUACAUGUCCCUAUCUCCGUUCUCCCUGUCAUUUUCCGUCGCUGGACAACUGAUUUUGUGAUUUUAAGUGCAAUAUCGAUUAAUUGUUUUUUGACUAGUCUUCUUAGAAGAGCGAAUUUACUACUUAGUAACAUAAAUUUGUUAGAAGCAUUAGUGCUGUAAUAAAAAUAGGUUUAAUUAUACUAUUUGAUAAACAAAACCAAAUGAAAUAACAAAGGUCAGCUUGCAGCAAAACCAACUAAUAAUGACCCCUUAACUACGCGUUAUAAGCUAAUUAACCACCCAAAAAAACAUAACAAGUAAAUGAACAAACCUACAUUCAUACGAGAUGAAUCUACAGCUAAGUGAAGCCAAAAAUGAGAUAAACUUGUAAAGAGAGGUUCCAAAAAAGCCAGAACAAUUCCACGUUUAGCGAAAGUUGAAGCAGUACCGCAAACACGUAUUUAUUAUGAAGUAAUAAAAAUAGUUCGAAUUGAAUUCAAAAUACGAAUACAGAAAACUAGUCAAGUUAGAUUUCCCCUAAAAAUAAGACGGCUUUCAGUCUCCUUCCAGAGUUUAAGUUACGCACCCCCUUCCCGCUCAAUCAAUCUUCCCCGCUCCGGACCCAUAGGCAAAGGAACCGAGUAAGUUUUUGGUCAUUAGGUUUCCUCCCCCAGCCGAGCGUGUGGUCCCACCAACGUGGGUCGCUGCCCGAUCGGGAGAAUAUACAGAAUACGGUAGAGUUCAUGGACCGCUCCGACUUUCCUCCCGACGCUAACCCAACAGUGAGCCUUUAGACAGUAGCUUCCCAGUCCGAACAUUUUCCAAAACGUGUCGUCGGCAACUGGCCUGGCCCCGGGAGGGUCGCCAGCCAGUGCCGACGGAAGCAGUUUCACCAACAUCACCGGAACCCGAAGGAGAGCGUGGAAGUCGACUGCCAACCGUCGUCGUCGUCGUCGUCGCCACCGUGGCCAUCGUCGUAAAUCGGGGAUGAUGUGUAUAUUAAAAAUCGCGCGCUGCAGGAAGGUGGAUUUCAUGGUGAGGAUUAACUUUAUAUUUUUAAUUAGAAAAGUGCGAGGAUUAAGUGCGGUUUAUGCGCGGCAGCACCACCACCAGUCGAUGUGGGCAGGUCAUGGUGAUGAGAUUUCAGGCGCUGUGUCGGGAUGAUAUGAUUUCUCGUGUUUCGGUUUUUCUGCUUGAUGGAAAGUUUAAUCCGAAUGGGCAAUGCCGUUGAAUGGGAAUGAUGUGGUUUAUAUUGGUUCUAAGCUAGGAAGAAUAAUCUCGCUGUGAGCGUGGGUAUGUAGCAGGAAUAUUUCAAUUGAUGGUAUUGUUAUUAAGAAAGGUGGCCUCAUUUUAUUGAAAAAUAUUGAAAUUUAUUAUCAAACGAUCAUAAUCAAAUAAUUUGAGAAGGUUUCACCAAAGUUUUCAACAUUCUUCAUGCUCGUGAAGGCUUAUUGUUAAAAAUACGUACAUUCUCUGCUCUCAAAUUUGCAUUCAAGACGUAUUAAUGCAGACAACUUCUAUGCUAACACCAUAGCAUGGAUUUGUAUACUUUAAAGGAAAUAUUGAAUAGUAAAAUGCGGUGUUGAAAAUAAGUAAAACAUUGUGAUUCUCCGAAUAUAUCACUUUUUAUCCGGUCAAAAUUCAUGCACCGAACUUUUUUGUUUUGUUUCUUUGUUAAAGUGAUUUUUAAGUAGGACAAAGUUCAUCACUAACGCACUAAUGCACCGAACAAACCGAGAUAGUUUGGCAAAAAAACGUAGGGCGACAUUUUGACAUUUUUUUUCUUCAUACGCAGACUGUUUUUCACUGCUGUGUGAGAGUCUCGUGCCAUCCUUUUGCAUGAAUUUUCUUGUUUCGGCUCAUGCGCAGCCCAAACAGAACUCAAUCUGGUUCAAUUACCUGUGGCGCAUAGCC